GUGUGAGGGGAUCGAGGGUCUCUCCUUUGCACGUUUAAAGGGGACACCUAGGUCUUCUAUCUUCUUUAGUGGCAUUCGAGCUAAUGACGGCUACGUAUCUCCUUUAUGGAUCUCUAAGACCAUCGCAUUAAACAGCAUUGAAUUUGUUUCCUUACCGGUGUCCUUACCGCGAAUAAUAAUCGAGAACUAAUAUUACUGUGCUUACUCUUUUUUUAUUCAUUUCUUUUCCAUCGUUUCUAUUUAUUGUUUUUCUGUUUUUUAUUUCUUCGUUUUUUUUUUUUUUUUUUUUUUUUUUUUAAAAGUUUUAUUAUCGAUGUAUGUUCGAUUUUGAAAAAUAAAACUUGAAAAUUGAACCAAAACAAUAAUUAGAAAAGCUAUGAUCUCUAGUGAUUUAUUCUGAUGUUAGUGGAAAUGUAGAUCAUUAGGAUCGCGUAAUUAUUCAGUUAUAUAUUUAUUGUAAAAAAAUUUGAGCGGGAUUCGACUGAUAGAAUAGAAUGACAGCCGAUGAAGAGAGUGAACCAUUAAUACCAGCAACGAACGCUGCUUCUAGUAGUAAUAAGCAGCAACAGAGAGUCUCCUACCAUGCGAUUUUGUUUGAGAAUAAUGAACAACUUACGCCGGAAGGUGAAAGUCCAGAGGCGACUUUAUGCAUGGAAUCUAUUUUCCAUUCAUCGACCAGAAUAUCACAACUAUGCGGUACUCCGAAUGACAAAAUUACAUACACGUGGAGCGACGUAAAUGUAUACGUUACUGCAAGAAAGGACAGAAUAUGGGACCGUGCCCUUUUUAGAAGUAAAAGGCCACUGGAACAAAGGCAUAUAUUAAAGGACGUAUCUGGAGUAGCCUAUCCUGGUGAACUGUUAGUAAUCAUGGGAUCAUCAGGUGCAGGAAAGACGACCUUAUUGAAUGCGUUAACUUUUCGAUCUGGUCCUGGUGUCACAAUAUCGGGAUUGAUGGCCGCCAAUGGUAAAAGAGUGUCAUCGAAAGUCCUAACAUCUAGAACAGCGUAUGUACAACAAGAUGAUCUUUUCAUCGGUACUUUGACUGUCAAAGAACAUUUGCUUUUUCAAGCAAUGGUUCGUAUGGACAAACACAUAUCUUUAGAGCAAAGAAAAAAAAGAGUUAACGAGGUCAUUAACGAGCUUGCUCUAACGAAAUGUAGAAAUACAAUAAUUGGGACGCCGGGUCGCAUGAAGGGUCUCUCGGGUGGUGAAUUGAAAAGACUCUCUUUUGCUUCGGAAGUUCUCACUGAUCCACCUUUGAUGUUUUGCGAUGAACCAACUUCCGGUCUUGAUUCUUUUAUGGCGCAUCAGGUUGUCUCUGUUCUGAAAGCCUUAACAGCCCGUGGUAAAACAAUCGUUGCAACGCUACAUCAACCAUCCUCCGAAUUAUUUACCCUUUUUGAUAGAAUUCUGUUGAUGGCCGAGGGAAGGGUCGCUUUCAUGGGUACAGCGACGCAAGUUUGCGACUUCUUUAAAACAUUAGGAGCUGCCUGUCCUAGCAAUUACAAUCCUGCCGAUUACUUCAUUCAAGUUCUUGCCGUAGUGCCUGGACGAGAAGCAUCAUGUAGGCACUCGAUAAACACAGUUUGCGAUACUUUUCAAAAGAGCGAAUAUGGAAUGAAAAUAGCUUUGGAAGCUGAAACAGUGAAUGGUGAAUUUGAGAAUUCUCUUAAAGAGGGAAUGUAUUUGGAUAAUAUGAGAUCACCCUAUAAAGCCUCAUGGUGUGAACAGUUUCGUGCUGUAUUAUGGAGAUCUUGGCUUGCGGUGAUAAAGGAACCGAUCUUCAUCAAAGUCCGCCUUUUGCAGACUAUAUUAGUUUCGUUGUUAAUUGGUAUCGUCUAUUUUAAUCAACGGUUGGAUCAGGACGGUGUAAUGAACAUCAACGGUGCACUUUUCAUUUUUCUGACAAAUAUGACCUUCCAGAACGUUUUUGCUGUGAUUAGUAUCUUUUGUGCUGAACUUCCGGUAUUCUUACGCGAACACCGCAGUGGCAUGUAUCGCACGGACGUUUACUUCAUUUGUAAAACAUUGGCAGAAGCACCAAUUUUUAUAGCUAUUCCUUUAUUAUUUACAAUAAUCGUUUAUCCAAUGAUUGGUUUAUAUCCCGGUGUGGAUCAUUUUUUUAUUACCGUUGGCAUUGUAACUCUUGUAGCGAAUGUUUCUAUUUCAUUCGGCUAUCUCAUAUCAUGUAUUAGUAACAACGUCUCAAUGGCUCUCUCGAUAGGACCUCCAGUGAUAAUACCUUUUUUAUUAUUUGGCGGAUUUUUCUUGAAUGCAGGAUCCGUGCCACCAUACUUUGAGUGGCUCUCAUAUUUGUCCUGGUUCCGAUAUGGAAACGAAGCUCUUCUUAUUAAUCAAUGGGCAGAUGUAGAGGCAAUAGAAUGUACCAGAAGUAAUUCGACCUGUCCAAAAAGUGGACGUAUGGUUCUUCAGAUGUAUAAUUUCAAACAGGAAAAUUUUUGGAUGGAUAUAGUUUGUUUAUUCUCUCUGAUCAUAGUGUUCCGUUUUCUAGCGUUUAUUGCUCUGUUAUCGAAGACACGUCGUCCUAAAGUUUAUAACGCUAUCCACAAAUAUAAUCGAGGGGUUAGCGAAGCAUUUCAAGACUCGUGUGGUCUGUUCAGUACCGCUACAGUACCGCUCAGGGUAGUGACACAUAAAAAAAAAAGAUCUAAAAUUAUCCGAAAAGAUCUAAUAAUAGGUUCUUCACAUUUUUCCAAGCUAGAUAAUAUACAAAGGUUUAUAAAAAUAUCGAACGAUCAUUUAAAAUUUGGGAUUAUCAUCAUGACGAACGAUCAAUUGAUCGAUAUGACUGUGAUAAAGAAACCAUUAAUUCAGAAAUCAUCAAGCAGUAGAGAUUCAUCCGGGGCAACACUUUUUUGGCGAAAUCUUUCUGUAUAUGCGAUGGAUCGUGAUCGAAAAACCAUAAACAAACAACUUAUAAACAACGUGCGAGGAGUGAUCAAACCUGGAGAUCUAACGGCGAUAUUAGGAGGCAGUGGAUCUGGGAAAACAUCGUUGAUGACAGCAUUGGCACUUCGUACCGGACCUGGUAUUGUGGUGCACGGCGAUAUUCGUGUGAAUGGUGUUCCAGUUGGAUCGUCUUAUAUGAAAUACCACAGUGGUUUUAUGCAUCAAGAAGAUAUGUUUAUUGGAACGAUGACCGUUUUGGAACAUCUAUGGUUUAUGGCUCGAAUGAAAUUCGACAGAAGGAUACGAAAUCGAGAAAUUCGUGGAAAAAUAGAAAGUUUAUUGCGCGACGUUGGUUUGAUCUACAGAUGUAACGUUCGUAUCGGUAAUAAUGACGAUGGAAAGAUUUUAUCGGGUGGAGAAAAGAAAAGGCUCGCUUUUGCAACAGAAUUGCUUACAGAUCCAAAGAUAUUAUUUUUAGACGAACCAACAACGGGACAAGAUGCACAUUCUGCUAGCGUUUUGAUAUCAGAAUUAACGUCAUUUGCAGCGAAAGGUCGGACAGUUUUAUGUACCAUACAUCAACCGAGUUCGGCCAUUUUUGAUUGUUUUCGUCGAAUUAUACUUGUUGCCGAUGGAAGAAUUGCAUUUGCUGGUACCAGUGAACAAGCUAUUCGAUUUUUUGCAAGUCAAGGUUACAAAUGCCCACAAACUUAUAAUCCCGCUGAUUUCCUUGUUGCAACUCUUGCAAUUGCUCCAAGGGAUGAGGACAAUAGCAGAAGAACUGCACAAAGAAUUUGUGAUGCUUUUCUCACAAGUGAAGCAUGUAAAGAAGUGGAUGUUAACAUACAAUUGGAGUUGCAUAUAGCUAAAACCUAUCAUUGGAGAAAUGACAUUUCAUGUACAAAUGAAUUCAAGCAAUUACAAUGUUGGUUGAAGCUUUUUUGGAUGGUCCAUCGUGGUUUUAUGCAAGUGUUAAGAGAUCCAUCAUUACAGCUAAUCAGAAUGUUUCAAAAAUUGUGUCUAGCAACAAUGGCUGGACUUUGUUUUGUGGGUGCAGUGAAUUUGGAUCAACUUGGAAUACAAGCUGUACAGGGUGUUAUUUUUAUUUUGGUUUCUGAAAAUGCAUUUUUUCCAAUGUAUGCCACUUUAUCUUUAAUACCACAAGAACUCCCACUUUUUCUCAGGGAAUACCGUGCUGGAAUGUAUUCUAUUUAUCUUUAUUACCUUGCAAGAAUAUUAUCUUUGAUACCUGGACUAAUACUGGAACCAAUAUUAUUUACAACAAUAGUUUAUUGGCUUUCUGGAUUACGUGCAACAACUGAUGCUUUGGUUUUAACCAUAAUGAUUAUUAUAGUCACAAUGAAUGUAUCAACUGCUUGUGGAUGUUUCUUUUCUGUGGCAUUUGAUUCUGUACCAUUAGCAAUGGCAUAUUUGGUGCCAUUCGAUUAUAUUCUUAUGGUCAGCAUGGGUCCUUUUAUCAAGUUAAGUACUUUAUCGAUUUAUGUACGUUGGAUAAGAUAUAUUUCAUGGCUGUUGCAAUCGACAGAGGCUCUCUCUAUUAUUCAAUGGAGAGGUGUACAUAAUAUAUCCUGUGAAAGUGUUAAUGAAGAUUUACCUUGCAUGACAGAUGGAUCAGUAGUAUUGGAAUAUUAUGAUUUUGAUGAGAACAACUUUUGGAUGAACAUAAUAUCUAUGAGUAUUAUUUAUAUUGCAUUUCAUAUUUUUGGUUAUGUUUUACUUCGAAGACGAUGCAAAUCAAUCUGAUUUAAUUAAGCGUACAUUGCGGAUCUGUAAAGAUAUCGAGCAUCAUUGCAGAUAUUGUAAGAGUAUUAAAGCUCAAAAUAAAUGAUAAAUUAUAAUAUUUAUAAAAAAUGAAAAUAAUGUAAUUUUAUUCUACACAAAUCUUUUGUACGACAGUAAUAUAUAAGCUAUUAUACCCACAAAUCACAAUUUCACAAUAAUUUAUAUCUUCUUUUAAACAACUGGUUGAAAUUAUAGUGUACGAGCUUCUUCAACACUACAAACCAGAAAUGUAGCAAACAAUAAAACUUUUAAUUGUAUUUCGUUUUUAACCUAUAUUUUCGUGAUAUCAAUAAGCAUUUUUAACUUUUAUAAAAAUUUUGUACAUGGUAAGAAACAAACAGAAUAUUAAUUAAAUAAGCUAAGAGAAUACAUACAUAUACGAAUUUUCAUUUAAUAACACAUACGGUACUGAAUAGCGCGUCGAGUCCCCCCACUUAAUUCACACUUUACCAAAAUCUGCGCGGGCGUAAUCGUUCUCACCAUGGACGUAAUGUUCGUUGUUGCUUAUUAUAUGGAUAAUUCAAAGUAUGUUUUUAAAACUAACAAUGAAUUUUAUAAAUGGCUGAUUUAUAAGAAACAUGUAGAUUUUACAGUCUGGUAUGCAACUUUAAAGCUUAUGGCACACAGUUCAUUGUAAAGUAUUGUAUUGACAAUUUUUACAGCCUUACACUAUUUGGAAACCAAAAUGGAACCAAGAUAAUGAUAUUUGAAAUAAGACAAAAAAUUAAAAUUAUUGAGGGCUAUAAUUUUAUUUUCUGCACUUUCUAAUUUUCCAAAAACUUUUGGUUUCACAAACUUAAAAGUGAGUACUUUUCACACUACCUUAAUACAAAGGAAAACAAGAACUAUAUUAGCGCAAUACCUGAUACAAAAUAAAAUACAGAUCCGAUACAAUGAAAAAGAAAUUGAAAAAAAUGUCUGGAAUGGUGCAUUGAAAGAGCAGAAAAAAAUUAUUUAUUUGACUUUUAAAAGAAUAUUGUAAUUCUGAUGAUAUAUUAAGAUAUGAAUGUUUGGAAUUUAGAAAAUAAUAUUUAAAAAUAGCUAUUAUAAAUCUAUUCCAAUACAUGACAAUAGCAGGAGUGUGUAUGGCUAUUUAUAGAUCUAAGUAUCUUCAAAAAGAUACAAUAUCAGUAAUUACAGAUACCAAGAUAGAAAAUGUUAUCAAAGGAUCUAUUAUAUGUAAAAAAUGCUGGAUAUAGAAACGUUAAUGGAUUUAAUAAAUUAACAAAUACUGUUUAUUAGUAUUACAAAUGUUUCUGACAUUGUUCAAAAUUUUAUCGUGAAGAUAUUAUCAAUAUUAAACAUGAAACUAUAUAAUAUUAAUUAUAAACUAUACGAAAAAUAAAAUAAAGGAAUAUGCAAAUAAUAGAUUCUGCAAAUAAAUUAAUACAAAUGUAGAAAUGUAAAUAGUUGAAGUCAUGAAAUUAUAGGAAUGUUUUAAAUAAAACUAUUGUUAUAGCAAAACCUCUAAAUUCGCAUAAUACGUUUUAUGAAGGAAGAAUGCUUACAAACUGAAAUUAAAUGAAAAAAGUUGCAUACCAGACUGUAAAAUCUACAUGUUUCUUAUAAAUCAGCCAUUUAUAAAAUUCAUUGUUAGAUUUAAAAACAUAAUUUGAAUCAUCCAUAUAAUAAGCAACAACGAACAUUGCGUCCAUGGUGAGAACAAUCAAAAUGUUAAAAUCCUAAUGUUAGAUAUUUUGAUUAGUAUUUUAAAAUUAUUUUGUAAACAAAAUAUAUUACUAAGCAUAUAUAUUAUUGAUGCUGAACAUUGGUAUGAAAUCUUGUUGGAUGGUAAAUCAGAAGUGUGUAAUACUGUUUUUUAAAUGAAAAUAUGAUUCAAAAUUUAUAAAUUUAAAAGCUAAUUUGAUAAAAAUAGUUUGUUAACUAAUAUUUUUAUCAUAGCAUUCACAACUUUUUUUUUAUCACAACUUUCACAACAAUGCUACAUUUAGAUAUAGAUAUAUAUGAUAUAUUAGAUGAAUUAAAAGAAACUGUGAUGUAUUAUAACAUAAAUAGCAUGAUUCACAUUAAUUACAGUACCAAUAAUAUUGAAACAGGUUGUUUGCUUGGAGAAUGGAUUGAUGAAUUUGAUAAAGAUAACUAUAAUAAUGAUUGGGUAAAUUCAAGACUAAAAUGCUAUAUUUUUUUAUUUAGAAUUAAAUUUAAUCAUUACAUCUCUUUCAAUCUCAUUUUUUGAAUUCGCUAAUUAUAAACAGUAUUGGUCUUUAGAUGUUGUUUUUAAAUUUUUCAUUAUUUCAUCAAUAAUUUCUCAAUAUAAUUUAUGAAAUAAUUCUAAAGAUUUAGUAAAAAUGGAGGUUUGUCAAAAAUUUUUGAUCAUAAACAUUUAUUAUAUAUCAUAUAAAUAUAAUGAAUAAUUCCGUUUAAAAAAUAAUGCUUAGUGAAUAUGUUUUUAAUGACUAAUUAUUAGGGUUGAAGGUACGAUUUGUGAGAUACAACAGCCCGUACGAAUAAAAUUUAUACGUUUAUAUCGUAAUUUCUGAUUUUAUAGUAAUGGCUUUAAGAAUAGUUGUGGAAAUGAAGAGAUCAUAUACUAUAAUUUCAUCUAUUAUUUAAAUUAAAGAUCGUGUAACAGGUGAAAUUAUGGUUUAUAGCUGUGAAGUAGUUUAUAUGCCAUAAUUUUAGUCAUUAUUUAAGGUACAAGAUAUAAUGGAUUAAAUUGAUUUCUUGACAUUAUUUAUGAACGUAUUUAUAUUAUUUAUAACUAAUAAAAAGAAAACCGAUUGAUACAAAAUAUUA